AAGUACUAUAAGGAAUGGAGCCCAACCAAGAUAUGCGCACUACUAAGUUUACUUCAAUCCCCUUCUGGUUUUCUUCGUAUGGAGUUGUUAUUGUGUCCUUUUUUGAAGAAAGGAGAGUUUCUGCAACCUCUAGCCAGCCAUUUUACAAGAAGAAGGGGCCAACAUGAAGGUAUGAGUAUACAGAAACCUUUAGUUUUAAGAAUUACAUUUCAUCAAGUUCAUUGGCACUUGGAGCUGCCUUGAGUAGGCCUGUCAAGGGAUGCUCCAAGUGCCAAUGUUUCCUUUGACAUGCCUACUUGAGGCGGCUCCUAGUGCCAAUGAACCUGAUGGGAUGCAAUUUUCAAAACUAGACGUUUUUGUAGACUCAUACCUUCAUGUUGGCCCCUCUUCUUGUGAAAUGGCUCGCUAGAGCUUGCAGAAACUCUCCUUUCUUCAAAAAAGGGCACAAUAACAACUCCAUACGAAGAAACCCAGAAGGGAAUUGAAGUAAACUUAGUAGUGUGCAUAUCUCGGUUGAGCUUCAUUCCUUAUAUAGAAGUUGGAAAACCGUUAAAGAAAUUAAUAUUAUUAUGUUUAUUUCCUGAAAAGAGCCACUUGUGAAUCAAAAUUCUCACGUGUAUGGCUUCUCAUCCGUCAUUAUUGUCUGCGAAUUUGGUUGAUGACCUCUCUCUUCAACGUUUGGUGGCUAAAGCAGUUGCUGAUAGAACCAGCGUGACCCUCAAACUCAGAGAGAACAAGAACAGAGGAGUAGGGUCGCUGAUGUCUUGGAUGUUGAGAGAAAGCGCUGGGCUGCAGGGGAGGAGGGUAAUAUGCAUGCGUGCACAAUUAUCAUCAUCGCAAUAUGUGUGUUACUCAUACUAUUUUCAUUUUCUAGAGAGAGUAGAUUCUUUUGCAUUAAUUAUCUGGGGUUGUAAUAUGCAAGAAAAUGUUAGAUGUAUAUUUAUUUUUUGGAGUAAAGGUAAACAUAUAUUUAAAGGUGAUAUGCUUUCGGAUAUAAAAUUGUAGUUUCAACAGCAA